AUGAGCAAAAUGUCAAGCUUCUCUUUACCUUCUCUUCGUCGUUCAAGGAUCUUCAUUUUAUAUACUUUGGCUUCUUCAGCUCUUAUCUUCAUCUUAAUCAAAACCAGUUAUCCUGAUUUGUUUGCUCCACUUCAUACGAAAUGGCCUCACUCUAUUUCUUUUACUGAUGCGAUAUUGAAGUCUUCAAUUCCACUGGGACCUAUCAAACCUUAUCUUGUCCGUAAACCCAAGCAAGACGUAAAUGCUACUGUCAAGUCUAUCCAGGCCCUCGCGAAUCGAAUAGAGCCGUACCUCGUGGCUUGGAUGGAUCGACCGGUUAGAUCAUACGAAGAAGCUCUCAUUUCAAACGAGAAAGCAUGUGGAAAAGAUCGAGAAGAGCAAUCAAAUCCAGAUCAACUUAAUAAUGCUGCUAAACUGUGGGGUGCUAUCACUUCUCAAGCCGUUCUCAGAAUUCGAGCCGAAGUGAUCUCUGGGAUCCAUCAAUUUUUUCAAGAAUCCCUUUCUCAAGUCGUCAAUGGUACUCAAGCCUCACACCUUACUCUCGAAGGCGUCCUUGGCAGACCUUUGAUUGGUGAAGGUACUCAAGGAAUCGUCAUUACUGGUGGAAAUGGUGAUACGAUGCGUCGAUUGAUGGUCACAAUACGAAUUUUAAGAAAAAAACACGAGUGUCGUUUACCGAUAGAAAUCUUUAUGUUUCCAGAAGAACUUGAGCAAGUUACGGAUUUUCGGACUGAAAUCCUAGCGUUAGGUGGUAUCGAAAUCAAACCCCUUCCUUACCCAAAAGAUCAAAAAGCUUGGAAGAACUUCCAAAUUGACAACAUUCCUUUGGUGGAUCCUACGUUCCUUUUCGAAUCUCCGGUUUUCAAGCAAUGGGGAAUUGUUCUAUGGCCUGACAUCACAAAAGACGGAGCUCGAAAUCCUAUAUGGCGCCUAGCAAGCCAGACCUGCAUACCUCAAGAUUGGCAGGUCGAUUCAGGUCAAAUUCUAGUCGACAAAUCAGCUCAAAGAGGUUUAGUCUUUGGCGCUUUACUUGUGGCUGCUCAAAUGCAACUUCAUCAUCAAUUUUGGUUCCGCAUCAGUGAAGGAGAUAAAGAUACUUUUCGGUAUGCUCUAUAUUCCCUUCAACUGCCUUGGAAUCGUGCUCCUCAUUGGCUAUCGAGUGGUGGAGGCUUCAGAUCAGGUAACGAAUAUUGUGGACAUACCAUGUUUCAGUAUUCGCUAUCAUCGGAAGAUUGGAGCCAUUAUCCAUCCUUCUUAAAAACCACGCUCUCAGAAACUCAACGAGAGCAUGCUCCACCACUCUUUGCUCACAUCAACCUUUUGAAGCACACUGGAGGUUUUAAUAGAGGUGAAACAUUCAAAGUCUUACACAGCUUAGGUCCAAGUGAUCUAGUGACGCGACAAAAUCUAAAUGUCAGUGAUGUGGUAAGAGCAAAGGUAAAGUUUGAGAAAGGAAUGUGCGUUUAUUAUACUAUCUUAAAUCAAUCCCCUAGCCAAAGCGUUAUUUCAGUUAAGCCAAAUGAAGAUGAUUCAAAGGUCUGGAUCUUGGAAGAAUCUUGGAAGGAUGCAUGGGGUGGGUUAUUGGAAGAUUUUGAAAGUGUUUAUUGGGAUAAUGGAGGACUGUGA